GAAGAUGAUGAUGAUGAUGAUGAUGAUGAUGAUGAUGAUGAGAGGAGCGGCAGGUCCACAAACCUUUCAGCGGAGAUCCGGACAAACAAACACCGACCUCCGCUGUCACUUGUGAAUGUGGUAGCCUCUGUUGCCUUAUUAUCACUCGCUCCUGUCUUGUGAUCCGCCAACACGUGAAGGAGCGGACCGGAAAAGUGCGCACCAGAAGAAGAAGAAAAAAAAGGAGAGAGAGGGAGAGAGAGAGAGAGAGAGAGAAAAAAAAGAAGAAGUCCAGAACAGAUUCGGCACAAGUGUGAAGGUGUCCACAUGGCUCUCGUCGCAAUGGGAUUUGAGUUGAGGAACACGUAAGCGGCGAGAAGUCAGCCCGAGUCGAGCCUGUCGUUAAGGUAACUGGGAACUUGGAAGAAGAAAAAAAAAUAAUAAUAAUAUAUAUAUAUAUAUAUAUAGAGAGAGAGAGAGAGAGAGAGAGGGGGGAUGUUGUGAACGACGCGUCGCCUGGGACAGACGGAGCGGGGACGCGUAAAGGAACGAGAAGGGGAUCCAGGUCUGGACGGAGAGGGAUUAUGGCUCUCGCAACGUUUUCUCUCAGCCUCGUCACGCUGGCGCUCGCGAACUUGCACCUGUCGAGAGCCAGCGACCGACAUGCGGUGUACUGGAACAGCUCCAACAUAGAGCUAAGAAAAGAGGGGUACACGGUGCAGGUCAGCGUCAACGACUACCUGGACAUCUACUGCCCGCACUACAACACCACCCAGCGGGGGACGCUGGAGCGCACCGUGGCCGAGCAGUACAUCCUCUACAUGGUGAGCUACCGCGGCUACCGCAGCUGCGACCCCCAGCUGGGCUUCAAGCGCUGGGAGUGCAACCGGCCCCACGCGCCCCACGCUCCCAUCAAGUUCUCGGAGAAGUUCCAGCGCUACAGCGCCUUCUCGCUGGGCUACGAGUUCAACGUGGGCCAGCAGUACUACUAUAUCUCCACACCCACCCACCACCACGGCCACAGCUGCCUCAGACUGAGGGUCUACGUCUGCUGCUCCACCGUUUCCCAGGCGGAUGACGACUCUAGUCAGACUCCUCCCGACUACACAGUCAGGCCAAACAUACACAACAUCGAUGAGUUCAACCCCGAAGUUCCCAAACUGGAGAAAAGCGUCAGCGGCAGCAGCCCCUCACGUGACCGCCUUCUUCUCACCGUGGCGAUGCUGCUCGUGUCCGCCGUCCUCUUGUCCUAGCGCACCGUCGCCGCGGGUGACACCUUUCGCGCAUAGCUGGACACCGCCUUGUCCAAAGGGCUUCGUAUCCACCCAGUCGUUGAUGUGAAAGUCAGCAAGAAACCACAGGAAGAGAACGGAGAAAGAGGUGACAGGAACCACAAUCAGAGAGGGAAACUGAACUUAACUUUUGGGGAAAAAAAAAAAAAAAAAAAAGGAGAGGCCUUUUUUUGCUGUCAUAUUUACGCCAGUGUAUUCUGACGCUCCGUGUGUUGAUGGACAUCGAUAUCAUGUGAAUACCGCUGCAUCUCACGCAGGUGUGCCACGACACGGAGGCCGCGACCACAAACCUAUAUUCAGACUCGGACUUCGGUGCUGCUGUCAUGCCCGAGAAAAGCGGACUCGUGAUGAGUUGGAUGUAGACGACACACUCUUAUCGUAGCAUGGACGUCAAAUUUGAGCUCCACUGUCUUCAGCAAGGCUUUGGGUUUUUAUUUUGUAGCUGUAGGUUUCGAAGACAGCCAGACUUUUUGCAGUGGACGUUCACGCCUUGGAUGUUGACGAUGUAUUAGAAGUAGUGAAGAGCCAGCUGGACUCUGGAGCUGUGCUACUCUUACCUAUCCUACAGGAUAUUUAUGUAAUCAGUCAAUGAUGAGAAGUGCUGCCAUUAUCCUGGACACUGAGGAAUGUUUUCACACUGGUGGGAGAGAGCUGCUGGUAAUAAGAGGCCGAGCUGGUUCGUAAGGGAAAAAAAAGGGGGGGACUUUGUGAGAAUAUCCACAGGCCUUUCAAGAAUCCAUUUUCUCCAGACAUCAAAAAUACCCCCGGCUUUGUGAUAGGUACACAUGCAAAGCCCGCGUCUCUUAGAAGAUAGCGAGUGCCCUCUUAGAACUAGUCGUUUGUCUGUAUUUCCUGCCUUCACACUGUAACAACCCAAGAAAAAUACAGACCCCAGACUAGUAAUUUGACGGCACUUAGACCCGCUAGAUGUGUGUUUUGUUCCGAUGCAUUUACCUUCAGCACUCGGCGUAGAUUCCCCCCCCCCAGAUGUCAAACCUUUCUCCUCGCAGCAAUCAGGCGAGUCAUUCAGAACACCACUAAUUUACGAUUGUGAAAUAAAAAAAAAAAAAAUUAAAAAAAAAGCCUCUCUCUGCGGCAGCAGCAGCAGGUUCCCUUUUAAUCCCAGACAGCCCCGGUCUGGUCUAUCCCUCCUUUUUUCCACUUGCAGAGUGCUGCCAGCCAAUCAGCGCCGACGGCCAUUACAGCAGUCACGGUCACCAUGGAAACGACCCCAUACAGUCGCCAGAGCGCGGCAAGGUGCCUGGAGGAGAAAUUGUGCUUUGAGGCUCAAAGUAACGCUGCCGCCAUUUUGUUAAAAAAAACAAAAAGACAAAAACAAACAAAAAACAAAACACGUGUGAAUGUGCAAACAAAGAGUUCACUUUUUUUAUAUUGUAAUACAGGACGACGUAGGCUGGCAUUAAUCAAACUACAACGUUGUGCUUUUCCUUUUUUGUUUUUAUUUAUUUACUUUUCAAAAUGUAUUUAUUUUAACAUUAAAAGUAUAUUAUUUAUCUACCUAAUUUAUUAGAGUGCAUUUGUAGGCCUUUGCUCAAUAAGCUACCGUGCCAAUUUUUUAAAUUCUUUUUGUUUUGUUUUGUUUUUUCUUUUUUAAACGGUGGAAUUUUUUUUACCGCGGCUGUUUUGUUUUUUUUUUUUUUUUCAAAGCUUGUGUAGAUAAAACAGCCGGACGUGAUUCAGCCUGACGACGAGAGGAGAUGGUUAUUGGUUAUGACUAAUCAGUAGGGACAUACAGUACAGUACAGUGUAACCCUGCUCUCGUGUAACAGAAACUGCUAACUGGAGCGCGUCACAAACCAACUGCGAGUGCACGGACGAGCCGAUGUUGAUGGAAGGGCGGCAUUCCUUCAAGUGCUGCACUUACAAAACGAAGGAGUCUGCAUUGUAAUGUAUAUUUAUAACACAAGCCGGUUAUGGAAUGUGCGCGUGUGUGUGUAUGGAUGUGCGUGUGUGUGUGGCUUUAUCUGCCUGCUUUCUUGCGUGUGAGCGCGCGAGCGAGCGAGAGAUUAAAAAAAAAACACAACACAAAAAAAAAAAACAGCAGCAACAUAUGUGUGCACAGCGGCGUGCGUAUGUAUGUCAGAAUGUGUUCGUCCGCGCUUUUUUCCAGUAUGUGGCAUUUAGAGAAAAAAAAGAAAUUUCGUACCCGUCAAGGAGUCGUUUGUAGGAUCUGAAUAUGCAAAGUGCGUGUGUGUACGAGAGAAUGUGCUCUUCUGUAAUGUUAGUUUACGUUACGGGGUUUUGGGAAGCUUGGGGGGGGGGGGCGACAAAAGCAUUUAACUGAUGUUGGAGACAAACCACGAGAAAUGUGUUUUACCUUUGACGAGAACGGACAGAGAAAAGGAAAAAAACUGUAAAUUGAUCCACGAAUGAUUAAAAUCAAACGGCAAUUAAAAUCUUUUUUGCAAAUUUA